UCUGCGCCAAAUCAUCGCGGGGAGGUUUUUCGCUGCGUCAUUUGCUUUUUCAUAAACGUUUUGACAAUUUCACAAUAGAGGAAAAAUCUUUUUUUGACUAUUGAUUGAAACAUAAUUAUUGUAAUAUAUAAAAGGUAAAGUACAAGGAUCUAUCAAGAAAAGAGCACAUAAUAGUAAACAUUUUACCUGCUUGCAAAAUUCAUAAAAUGGAGGAAAUUAUUAAAUUGGUGGCUCAAUACCAAUGCAAAACGAACGUUGAUGUAAGCAGUUCGGACAGCGACAGUGAGUCAGACAACAUAACCUCUGGAGUGGUCGUACGUGGUCGAACCAAAGAAACUAAAGAUGCAGAUGCGGAGGGCGGAAAACGUAAGAACGGACCAGUUCGCUUGCCAACAAGACGACCGGAUCCAAACGUUUACAACAGAAAUGCUUUGCUUGCGCGCGAAAAUCGUCGUAAAAAGAAGGCGCACAUGGAGGCACUCGAAAAGGAGCUUGACGAAACGCGAACCAAAAACAGAUCGUUGCUGAAGGCGCUGAAAAAACAAUUCAAGUUAUCACAGAAACUGGAGAAAGAGUGCGAAUAUUUGAGAAACAGUUUGGGCAGUUUUAAAAAUGCUAAAAGCGCAUUCAGGUGCCUAAAUGCCGAUGUGCUGUCAGCGAGUCAGAACCGUUCCGCUUCGCCGGACGGCUCUCUAAUAUCAACAUAUUCGAGCAGCAGCUACGAGCCUCCGAUGGACACGGACUCCCUCACAGGACUGCUGAAUGUGGACAAUGAUUAUCAACCUACGCCAGAGUACGAGAACGAGAACUCAACCAGAUUUCUGGAGCAAAGCAGCUUUGGCCUUCAAGAGUGCCAGUCUACCUUAAGUCCACUGGAAAUCAAUGACGAGCACAGCUACUUCAACAAGUUCGCACAAAUUGGUGUGAGUCCCAACUGGGAAUGGAGCGCCAGUUGCACGCCGCCUACACAGUUACUGCAAGAUGACGACAAUCUCUUGGAUUUCCAAGACGGCGAGCACAUUGCAAGUCUAUAGAGUUGUGGUUUUAUUUUCAUUAAGUAUUUGUUAAGUUAGUAGAAAGAUGGUAUGUUUAAGGUCCCCGGACGAGAUCUUUAUUUGUGAAUCGAUAUAAUUCUUUCCAUAAUGACAAAUUCAGUUUUAAAUAGUUUAUAGCCUACGGAGCUUAUGAUAGAACGCCAGCCCACUGCAGAAGACCUUUCUUUUCGACGUUACAAAUCUGUUUCAUAAUUUCAGGCCUGUGUGGAGGCGCGUUGGGUUCUUUUUGUAUCCAGCACGCAAAUGGUUUUAAUCGAUCAAAUUUCAAGGUGGGUUUGUUCACAGGAUCGAAUCUGCAAAAGUUCCAAAUGAGACUAUGAUCAUUUUGUCCCACUUUUUCAGUUGCGGCCAACAAUUGCGACGAUACUAACGAAAUCGAAAGGAUUUCCUAAAUAAAUUGUUUCAUGGGAGUACCCCAAAUGGAAGGAGAUGCGUUACUGGCGUCAAGUGUAUUUAAAAUACAAUUGAGGCGUUGUGGUUUUUUUUUUGUGUUAUUGUU